UGGAAAAACCAUUUGUUCGCGCCAAAGAAGAUUUCGGUUUUUGCGAGCGACGGUCACACUGCAAAGAGCGAACCGGCUGCGCAAAUAUUAUAAUCGUAAUUUGUAGUUUAAAUUAACAAAUUGUAUUCAAUCUUGCAACAAUGACCAGCGAGUGUCGGAUAUGCGGCGAGCGCAUCUUUACGCCGCACCCAAAGAACAUCUUCGAGAAGCGGAACCAUCGCAUUCGGAUGGCCAUCGAGCAAAUUACGGGCUUGGAGAUCGUUUUGGAGAAGAUGCUGCCCCAGCACAUCUGCUCUUGUUGUCUUCUGGACCUGACCCAAGCCGUAGCCUUUAGGCAACGAUGCCUGCAGACGCACGCAAAUCUCCACCAGCGGAGCUCCUCGAACACGAGUGUUGACUCAAAAGGCUCCGCGGAGGUUUUGCAAGUGCGUAGUGAUCCGCUGAUGAAACAGGAAGUACAAGAGGAUACGGUCGACACCGAGGACGAUAAGGAGCUACUCGAGGAUGAUAGAGAAUUCUUGGGCGAUGAUAAGGAUUUCUUGGAAGAUGACAAAGAGCUCAUGGAUGAAGAUAAAGAUUUCUUGGAAGACGUAAAGCCGAUUGUAAGGUUUCCUCCGGUCAAAAAAAUCAGGCUCGAGGCCCAACAACUCCCGAACAGUCAAUCCCCACGAGUCAGGGUCAAGCGACUCCGUGUGGAGGAGAUCGAAAAGCCAGAUAGUCCACCACCAGCUCCGCGGGAGCGCGUGCGAAAGCCCAGAAAGCGGCGACCAAAACCCAAGGUCGAUCGAUCGAUUAAGCGAUAUGUGUGCGACCAGUGUGGUUGGUCGUUCAAUGACCACAGCAACAUGAAGGAUCACAAGUUGCGGCACUUCGAAGAGAAGUUUUCGUGCGACGAGUGCGGUCGUAAGUUCUACACCAUGCCAUUGCUCCGAUUGCACAUCCGAGUGCAUCAUAAGGGCGAGAAACCGUACGUCUGCAAGUUCUGCGGUAUGGGAUUCGCCAAUAGUCCCAGCCGCUGUCGUCAUGAACGUCAAAUGCAUGCUAACGAGCUGGUCCACCCGUGCAAAAUAUGCGGCAAACGUUUCAACAGCGAGAAGGGUCGGUUAAAGCACGAGGAGGGGCACAAGAGUGACCAACCGGAUGUCCACAUCUGCCUCACCUGCAACAAGGAGUUCAAGGAGGCGCAGUUUCUGCAUCGGCACUACGCCACCAAGUACCAUCGCAAGCGAGUCAACUUGUUGGUGGAUGACCCGAAGGAGGAAUUCCAGUCAGAUGCCGAUCCGGAGGAGAGUCCGGGAUAUAUGGAAGAGGGACAGGCAGAAAUGGAGGACAGUCAGGCCGAGCUGGACGUACUUUUGGAGGACGUGAAUGAGGAGCAAUACGAGGACCACGAAGAACUUCUGGACCAGGACGCGCCCUUUGAGGAGUUCGAGUAUGACGAUGCCAUCCCGGAGGAGGAGCUGUACACCUAACUUUAAGCACACAAGUCAUACGACUCCGUUGGCGCCACACAUUCGCCAAUGCCAGGGAUGCAGACUAUCGGACUAUUUUGGUGGUUCAAAGAACUCUUUUGAACUAGUAGCCGUAAGACGAUUAGCACUACGUUUGAAGGAAUUCAACUUCGGUCACGGAUUACAAAUUGUUAUGACAUUUAUUUCAAUUACAAAUUACGUUUUUUUAAUAAAAAUAAUAUAGAGCCAGUA